CUGUGUGAAGAUGUCUACCGACGUUACAGCAAAGAGAGCCAAAAUAGUGUCCCCUCAGCCCGAGGAGAGGGUGGACUGGAAGAAAAGGAAAACAGAAAUAAAGGAGGCUCAGAAGCAAAGGAAACAGGCCAAGCUGAUCAAACAGUUGGAAAAGCAGAAACAGCAAGAGGCUGAAGAGAGAGCAAAACUUGAACAGAGCCAAAACAAGAACGGUCGGGCUUACACAGUGAGUGUGGCCCUGCCAGGCUCUGUCCUGGAUAACGCACAGUCCACUGAACUGCGGACGUACCUGGCCGGACAGAUUGCGCGAGCCUGUGUCGUGUUCUGUGUCGAUGAGAUCGUUGUGUUUGAUGAACAAGGGGAAGAUGUAAAGAGCGUUGAAGGAGAAUUUAAAGGCGUUGGGAAGAAAGGACACGCUUGUAUUCAGCUUGCCAGAAUACUUCAGUACCUGGAAUGUCCCCAGUAUCUGCGCAAGUGGUUUUUCCCAAAGCAUCAAGAUCUGCAGUAUGCUGGUUUGCUCAACCCUUUAGACAGUCCUCACCACAUGAGGAUAGAUGAUGAGUCAGAUUACCGGGAAGGGAUAGUCCUCGACAGACCGUCCAAACAAGGACAAGGCUCAUUAGUCAACUGUGGGAUGAGAAAGGAUGUUCGGAUCGAUAAACAGCUGCAGUCUGGACUUCGAGUCACGGUUCAGCUCAAUAAGACACAGAAUCAAGAGAGCAAGCUAUACAAAGGUGUGGUGGUGGCUCCUCACGUGCCCAGGACUGAAGGAGGUCUCUACUGGGGUUACACUGUCCGCCUGGCGUCUUGCCUCAGUGCAGUUUUCACAGAAAGUCCGUAUGAAAAUGGAUACGAUGUGACCGUUGGCACAUCAGAGAGAGGCAGCAACAUCGACCAAACGGCGCUGUCGCCAUUCAAGCAUCUUUUGAUAGUUUUUGGAGGUCUCCAGGGAUUGGAGGCCAGCGUAGAUGCUGACCAAAACCUGGAUGUGACUGACCCCAGUGUUUUAUUUGACCUUUACCUCAACACAUGCCCUGGUCAGGGCAGCAGGACCAUUCGCACAGAGGAGGCCAUCUUAGUUUCCAUGGCGGCGCUGAGACAGAAGAUCACAGCUGCCUUUUCAGAUGUGUCCAAUGGUUUAUUAAAGAGUUAGUGAUGGAAGAAAGUAAACAAAGACAUGCUGGCAGACACUUCAUCUGACUGGUGUUCACCAUGGCGUUAUCAUUUUCCAUAACUGCACCUUACAGUAUUGCUUACUGUUAAAACAGCUUGUUCCUCAAACAUCACAUCACACACGGAGUGCAGUCAGUGCUUGACACCUGUCACAUUUCAUUUAGUCAUCUCUCUGUGUGUCUUUGUUUCUAAAUGCUCAACAAAUUGUACAUAUUUAAAUACAAAUACUAUCCACAGAACUGAACUGAUUCGUAUUUUUCAAAGCUUAUUAUUUGUUUUUCAAUAACCAGUACAGAGCUUUUCAUGAAACACUGCGCUGAGACCAGCACAACAUGAACAAACAAAUGGCACUGAACGUCUGAGUUAAACUUCCAUCGAUAAACACCACCGUCAGCUUCAGGUUUCUGAGUGAGUCGGGUCAAACGCAUGCCUGCAUUAAGAGAAAGUGACCCAUGUGCUCUUUGCAAUAAAUGAAAACUGGAUGAUUUUGUAGUACAAGACGAGAGGCCUUUACAGCUCAGACUGUGUUGUGGAUGCGAUCACUUUCCAGUUGUCACGCAUGCUGCAUGCAUCUAGCAUUUAAUUUUCCCUCAUCAAGCAGAGUAGAGGUUCCCGGCAGAACCUCGCCGGCUUCCAAAGUGCAUGAAGACGGAAAACUAGUUUAAAGAGGUCAAAUCCCAGCAACACUUGGACUAUACAGAAGUAGUAUAUAGUCUAUAGAACUAGUUUAAGGUUCUAUAGCCUACAGUGUUACGGUGGUUCUGACCUGACUAUUUUCCCUUCAUCAAGACAUGAUAGCCUGGUACAGUUUUCAUUUCAAUGGCAGGUUUAUAUGUGGCCUGCAGUUUUGUUGUGGAUUAUUUGCUGGAUGACUGUGCUUUUGUGGAAGGGCUUCUUACACAGUUACACUGAGCAAAACCUGAUACAACAUUCCCACAAUAAAUCCAUAAUUUAUGAGGGCCAUACUGUUUAGCUGUUGAACCUGCUUUAGAGAGCUGUUUUUGGAGCCUGCUGUUUGUGGUGCUGUUGACUUGUUUUUAGUUUUAUUCACACUUGUUUCUAAUACUUAGUCUCCCCUCAUUGAUAUAAAAUUUCUGCAGCAGUGCGCGUUUGCAUCAUAUUCAUAAAAUUUGAGUUUCAGCUGCCACGGUCUGUAUUGCAGAUAUUGACUGUUCUUUAUGGUACUCAGUUCACAGUUAUUACACUUUGUAUCACAUAAAACUCUUGUAAUGUUACUAUUGCAGGCUCAUAUAGCUCAAUAAAUUUAGCAGGCAGUUUAAUAUUGGUGAAGUAGCAUAACAGUCAGUGUGGUUCAUAUAUUUUCUUCUUAUUAAGAAAAGAGGAAUGGCCUCUCCUGAGGAUGAAUAUUCUUACAAAAUAUGUCUACAGAGAAAUUCUUUGCAAAAGGCAAUACAGUUUAAGAAAUCGCACCCUCCUCUGCUUCAUGCUUCUACAGUAAAAACUGCAAUUUCAGUUUUAAUUUAGUCGUGCAGCCCUUAGGGCAAAAUACUGGUACAUAACAUGACCAUGACGCAUUCUGUGAACCAUUUGAACUUGAGCUGCAUGCGCUGAAAUGCCACAGAGGUGAAAAGGUUUACGUUCAUGAGGCAACGGUUCAUUCAACAAGUUCAUUGUCUACUUUUCAUGAAAACAUUAAAAUUAACUAGUGCAGCAAAAAUCUUACAAUGAAGUGUCUUCAAAUUGAGGAUACAUCAGGGUGAGACGAGCAGUUGAAAUCACUUUGCAGAUGCUGAUGACAUCCCUCAAAUUGAAGGUUUCUUUUAAUACAGAUGAAAAUGUGUGUAGCACCAAGUGCUGUAAUCUUUUACUGAAUCCUUU